AUGCCCUUUCCUGGUCUAUUCCGUAAUAGCAAUUAUCCCGGAGAAUACGCCCAUCUAGCGCAGGAUGCGGAGGCUGUUCUCAACGACAAAGCAUAUGAUUCCUUCAACCUCGUCUCGCAGCACAAUUUAACCCCUCACACUUCUUUGACUACUAUGCUCACGACUUCCCACAGAGGCCCGCCGAAAAUCACUGAAUCUCUCAGCAUCGCUAGGCCACGUGGCUCUUUCCGAGGGUCUGUUGAUUCUCAGGGAACAUUAAGUGGGUCCUACACGACGUCCAUUUUGCCUGGGCCCCGGUACCGUAACGCCGCGCGUCUACGCCUAUUAGGUGAUGUGCACUCCUUCAGUGCAGAGAAGUCAAAGAAGGUCAUGGCAACCGGCCGUGCCGAGCUCCACGUCGAAGGAGGAGACUACUCGCUCUCCGGUCUCUAUAGCCUCCCAGGACACAUCAUAGCGGGCUCAUACUUACAGGGAUUUGGAGACAGGAUAGCUGUGGGGUGUGAGAUUGUGCGGCCUCCGCAAACGGAUCCCUCUGUCAAGCCGGGUACCUCACCUAUUGCCAUGGCGGCAGGGGGAAUCCGUUACACUAAUAUCAGCCGUGAGCGUAGUUCCGAUCCAGGGAUAAUAGCCACGGCCCAGGUGAACACGGAGAAGACCGCGAAUGCUUCCCUGCUUGCCCAGCUCUCUGGAGAGCUUGCUGUCGCAGCUUCUGUCAACGCGGACUUCUGUGGCUUCAGGUCUCCAGAACAAAAAGAUGUCACAAAAGAUCGCUCGGCCCUGUCAGGCCUUCUCAAUGGCUUGAAGAAGACGCGUCUAUCUGCAUCAUGUGGAUUUACUAAACUGUUAAAAAGCUCGCAGGUUACGGUGAACUGCAACACGUACGGAGAGGUGUGCUGCGACGUGCGGCAUGCAAUGCAGGAUGGCACGGUUGCGGAGGUCAUCGGGAGUCUCGACAUUUUCUCAGGCCGCACGACCGUUGGGGUGGGCCUUGUGUUGUCAGAGCAGGCGCUCCCUCGCUUUAUUCACAAGGCGGUUCGGAAGGCCAACUCUUCGAGCAAUCACAAGUAA